AAUAUUUUUUCUGUCAUGUUUUAUUCUUUGCUGCAGUGGUAAUCGAAGAAUUGCAUAUUUUGUUUUUUCUUUUUUACUUUUUUUCCUCCAAUUAUUGAAUAAUGCAUGAGAAAAAAUUCAAUUCGGACUCUGGUAGAAGUGUUGAAAAGUAACUUUCCUAUUCUGUAUAUUCCAUGCUACUCCCAAAAUGGAUAAUCAGCACGUAGAAAUCAACAUCAGCAAAGCUGCAGCUGAUCAAUCCGACACGAUUAGCAUUGGCGACGACAACGAUCCUCUUUGCUGCUGCGAAUAUUUCAACAGACACGACGAGCGCUAUCACAUCCUAGAAUGUUGCUGCAAUUGCACUGACUUUGAUCAAGUAUUCGAUAGAUUAAUUUGCUGCAAGAAAGUCGAUCCCAAACACCGCGUCGGAAUGUUGCUUACAUUUCAGGACCGCCUGCGAGUGCCAUGGCAGGGAGGAGCCAAACAAAUAUCGUUGGAUGCAAUAAUCCCAAUGCUGGUCAUUCCACUGGUGAUAGGAAUUGCCGCAAUAAACUCAGACACCGCACUCAUAAUGUGCAUCGCAACAACAUUGCUCCUUGGCUACUGCUACUACUAUUUGCGACGUGCCGUGCCGAGGACUAGGUUCUUCGCCAUGUGGACCUUCUGGUCGGUUUUCUAUUUGAUCAUUUUGUUUGAGUUCACAGUGCCAAUGAUGGAAUUGCUGCCGGAAGAGAACUUCAUUCUGGUGCUGCUGGCAUCGGUCUCAAUGUUCUCUUUCUACAAGGCAAAGUCCCGGGCCAGUUUGAACCAUGUUCCAGUGGGUAUUGUUUCGGAAGAUGAACUCCCAGACAUAACCGAGGAACAAACUUCGUUGCUGAUCGACCAUAGCGAGUCGGAUGAGGGUGACCAUCAUCAUCCUAACGUCUGCCAAAUCUGUCACAAGUACGUCCAACCGCGAACUUUCCAUUGCACAACUUGUCAGGCAUGCGUUGAACGCCAUGACCAUCACAGUUACUGGCUGGAUUGUUGCAUUGGGGACAAGAAUCAUCGGUACUACUUCACUGGCCUAUUGACAGCCAGUUGUGCUCUCACGUUUGGAGCCAACCUUGCGACUACCGCUGUCUGCCAUCCUAUUCUGGUGUUUAAGAUAAUGGGAGUACCAGUGCUACUUCCUGAUGAUUGUAACGAUGUUUUUGAUGAUUAUGAAACAAGCUUAGCCUUCAUAAUGGCGAUCUAUGCCCUCAUUAUGAACUUCUUUGUCGCGAUAGCUCUUCUAAUGCAGACGUAUUUGAUCUCCAAAGGAUUAACCUUGUCCGAAUGGAGGCGCGGACAACCUGGAAACAGACGAGGAUAUUUGAAUAAUCUUACGUGCUUUCUCUCUGGCAGCACAUACUAGAAAAACAAAACUUUUUCCUUCAACCGAUUUUCACUUCCAAUUUAAAUCUUGUUGAAUUUAGUCACAAAACAAUUUUUCUGAAAAAAAAAACAACAAAAUGAAGCAGACACUUUGUAUCUUUGAAAUUAACCCUAUUCCUUUACUUAGACCAUUCUGGCAUUUAAGAUUUAAAAGAAUUUGAAUAUGUGAUUGCUUACGAAAUGUUUAAUGUUAUUUAUUUCGUUUGGAAAGAUUUCAAAAUAGGAAUUGAAAUAAGACUUUUGAUAUUUAAAAUGGUUUUUAUAUAAAGUUUGGAUUAUGCGAAUUUGCAUUGGAUACUCAAACUAAGUCUGGUCUAAGUUUAAGAAUAAAUGUUUCUUUUAGAGUUUAUUAUUUGAAUUAAUUUAAAUAUUCAAUUAAAUAAAAAAAAAAAACUAAAACCAAAACAGUAUAAAUUAAUUACUGCUAUUACAGCACAAAAUUAAAACAUAUUUGUAUGUAUGUAGGUGCUUAUGUUUAUGUAACCUGUAGGAAAUGAUUAUUUAUCGUAUUUAGUAAUUAAGCAUAAAAUUAAAAUUAUUAAAAUAAAUAAUUUAUUAG